UCGUUCCUUUUCUCUUUCUCUCGCUCUCUUCCCCCGGCUCGCCGGCCGUUGAUUGCAGCAACAAGGAACCAAAAUGGCGACGGCGGGCGGAGACUGCGACGUGAUUAUGGCGCCCGCGGCAGCCCCAGUGGUGGCUUCGCAUUCCGAGGUGCCGCCGAUGUUGAGCGACGAGGACGAGGGGACGCGCAGAGAAGCAGAGUCCUUCAAGGAGCAGGGAAAUGUAUUUUAUGCCAGAAAGGACUACAAUGAAGCAUACAACUACUAUACAAAAGCUAUAGAUACGUGUCCCAGCAAUGCCAGUUAUUAUGGAAACCGUGCUGCAACUCUCAUGAUGUUAGGCAAAUUUCGGGAGGCACUGGGGGAUGCUCAGCAAUCAGUCAGGAUGGACGAUAGCUUUGUGAGGGGGCAUCUGCGGGAGGGAAAGUGCCACCUAUCUCUGGGGAAUGCCAUGGCUGCCAGCCGCUGCUUCCAACGAGUUCUAGAAUUGGAUCAUAAACACACACAGGCUGAGCAAGAGCUGAAGAGUGCCAGAACUGUUCUAGAAUAUGAGAAAAUUGCUGAAGUUGACUUUGAGAAACGGGACUUCCGAAAGGUUGUAUUUUGUAUGGAUCGUGCUCUAGAAUUUGCCCCUGCCUGCCACCGCUUCAAAAUCCUCAAAGCAGAAUGCUUAGCUUUGCUAGGUCGCUAUUCUGAAGCCCAGUCAGUUGCAAGCGACAUCUUGCGAAUAGAUGCAACAAAUGCUGAUGCUCUCUACGUCCGAGGGCUUUGCCUUUACUAUGAGGACUGCAUUGAGAAGGCUGUGCAAUUCUUCAUCCAGGCACUAAAAAUGGCUCCUGACCACGAUAAAGCCUGCCUUGCCUGCCGUAAUGCCAAAGCGCUGAAAGCAAAGAAAGACGAUGGUAACAAAGCUUUCAAGGAAGGGAAUUAUAAGCUGGCCUUCACACUUUAUACAGAGGCCCUAGCAAUAGACCCAAAUAACAGGAAAACCAAUGCCAAACUCUACUGCAAUCGGGGAACUGUUAAUUCCAAGCUUAGAAAGCUAGAUGAAGCAAUAGAAGACUGCACAAGUGCCAUCAAACUGGACGACACAUACAUCAAGGCCUAUCUGAGAAGAGCACAGUGUUACAUGGACACAGAGCAGUAUGAAGAUGCUGUGAGGGAUUAUGAAAAGGUUUACCAGACAGAGAAAACAAAAGAACACAAGCAGCUGCUCAAGAAUGCACAGAUGGAACUGAAGAAGAGCAAGAGGAAAGACUACUACAAGAUCCUGGGUGUAGACAAGAAUGCCUCUGAAGAUGAAAUCAAAAAAGCAUACCGGAAACGGGCCCUGAUGCAUCACCCAGAUCGGCAUAGUGGAGCAAGUGCUGAAAUCCAGAAAGAGGAAGAAAAGAAAUUCAAAGAAGUUGGUGAAGCCUUUACCAUUCUUUCUGAUCCCAAGAAAAAGGCUCGCUAUGACAGUGGCCAGGAUCUAGAGGAAGAUGGCAUGAAUAUGGGAGAUUUUGAUGCUAAUAAUAUCUUCAAGGCUUUCUUUGGAGCACCUGGAAGUUUUAGUUUUGAAGCUUCUGGACCAGGGAAUUUCUUUUUCCAGUUUGGCUAACCUGCAGAACAGAUCCAUCUCAUCUACUGAAAUCCACAGUUUCCCUGACCUGCUUCUUUUAACUUCAAGUUCCAUUCUCCCUUCAUUGCAUCUCAGCAUUUUUUAGGGCUGUGGCGUUUUCUCUGUUGGAAACAUCAAUUUUUGUGUGUGCUUUAGAGUGUGAUGAGAAAACCAGCAUUUGGAGGGAAGAGGGAGGGAGCAGUUAAGGAAUAUACCUUUUUGUUUGUUUUAUUGUUAACUUUAUUAAAAAAAAGAGAGAGAGAGAGAAAUAAAAUCUUUUGAUUCCUCCGUUAAAUAAUUUAAGAUUCCCAAGUUGCUGGGACUUCAUUCAGGGAAUCCUUCUGAAAUAACCUUGAGACUUUGCAAGUGCGACUGGAUAUGCCAUGCCUUUAUGGGGUUUCACAAUGUGGGGAAACUGAAUUGAGAUUUUUCACUUUGGUUUUAUUGUACUGGCUGUAGCCACAUUAAACCUUAUUCCCAGAAACAUUUCAGACACUUGAGAAAUGCAAAGAAGUUUGCCGCAUCAUUCUCUGAGAGAGUCAUCUUUGGAAUAAAAGUUGUCUCUUCUCAGCACUUUCUCUUAAUAUUUCCAGGGUCUCUCUCAUUUGAGGAACAGUUUCUGUUUCCAGUUGCUUGAGUACUUCAGGGAAAUGGUAAGGGCUGAUUUCACACAUGGCCAUAUCAUUUUGGUGGUGGCUUCCAGAUCAACCUGUAAACCUGAUUCCAUUGAAAAGUGCAUGAAGUCUGAGGUGAUUGUCAGGUGUUACGAAAGGUGUAUAUAUGUGUUGUUAGAUCUGCGGUGCAUAUUUCACACAUGCACAUCUACAUGUGAUGUCACGGUUCUUACAUGCAUGCACAAGUCCACUGUAAGUGUUGGAAUCUCUUAAACUAAUUGGAAUCUCAAAAUGCAUUUUUGAUGUUGAGAAGAUUUUUCAGAAUUGACCAAAAUGUGUUGAAUGUUUAAAAGAAGAAAUUCAGCAUAAUUUGAGGGGAGAGAGCUAUAGUAGAACUAUAGCCAGCCAUGCUGAAGUUCCUGAUGCAUUUUUUAAAGUUUUGCCCAGUGUUUGUAUCAUAUUGACUACUCCUGACCCAUAAUGUAAUUUCUGCUUUGGACAAUUAGCUCCUUCCUUUUUCCAUAAUAGUAAAAAUCAAAAGUAGGCUGUCAUCUCUUCUAACAACCUCCUAGUCGCUGAACCAUUUUUAUAUUACAUGCAAUUUUCACCGUUUUAUGUUAUUUCAAACUCUUCCUUGGGGUCUUGGUUUUCCUCAAUCCAGUUCAUACUGGCUGGGAGAUCAGGGAAUCUGAAAUCUCAGUACAUCUAGAGGAGAUCAGGUUGGGGAAGAUUAGCCUGGAAGAUCAAUACCAUGCUGAAUGAAAUUGUUCAACAGAAGAAAAGAGUGGUCUUUGUGUUAUAUCUGAACAGGUUUUGGCAGCUUUCUAUUCAUGAGACCAGGGGAAAAGUUGAUAAAGCACCUCAAAAAAUGUAAUCAUUUACAAGCUUUUUAAACAGUUCUUGUGCAGUGCCUGGAAUUCUGCUCAAUGAAAUGUCCGGUAUUGGUCCAAUAUGAGACAUUGUUUUAAGAGGUACCCAGAUUGUGCCUGGGAAUUAUCCUUUAUUUUUCAAGCUGUUCAGUUGGUGGGUCCUGGCAAGCUUAGGGAAUAGCAGUGAAUUAGACUUCAUCGGCUUCAUUCCCUUUAAUAGCUUCAAACUGAGGAACUCAAAAAGUGGUUGCAGAAAUGCAGUCUAUUGGGAGAUGGCCAGGAAUUAAAUGCUAAACUAAAGGAAGAACAGAAUAAACUCAGGAGCUGGUCUCUGCCAACAUUACAUGCUGGUUCCUGGCCCAGCAAAUGUUACGAUUUCUCUCAUUGAGGACUUCAUUGUAGUCAAAUUCUGCUGGUGGAAUUUAUUCUGGAGGGUUGAACUCAUACUUUUGGAGGAGUUAAUUGAUGGAAUUGUGUUGUGUUCAUUCUCCGUUAAGGUUAAUGACUAAUGGGAUAGUUCAGAAACUGGCACAAAAGGCUGUGAAAUCAACAACCUCCCCCUUCAUCAUUGCUUUAUGCUGAGAGAAGUUAAAGCAGCAACAUAUUAUCUUCAGAGACUGAGACAUCAAGGAGUAACACUAGCAUCCUGUGGAUUUUCCCCUUUUAAGAUGUUUUGGCUCAUUGCAAUAAUUCUCUUUUAAAAAGUCCACAGAGGAUUAGAGGAAUAUUAAGAGUUUCGGUGGAUGGCUGCUUGGUUUUCUGAUCAUCUCUACACAGCUGGGAAUAGUAUAAAAGAUAACUUAGAAAAUUACUUUCUCCAUAUCACAAGCAUUUUUAUUUAUUUUUUUCAGAUCUAAAAAUUAAUGAUACAAAGUUCCUGGACCUUAAAACUGAUUGUAACCCGAAAAGUGAUGAAUGCUGUAAUACUUAGCCUUUUUACGUUGUUUUUGAUUAUCUGAAAUUCUUCUCAUUGCAGCCAUUAAGGAUCUUCAGAUAUACCAACUUUUGCAUUAUAUAUUAGGCCACGUACAACCUCCGUUAGAAAUUCUCCACCCUGGUAUAACCAUUCUGUAACUUGGAUUUGGUUCUUAGCCUUUGGACUUUGUUUUUUUAAUUAGCCAGCUUUAAGAGGUACCAAACAGUAUGUUACUGAUAACCAACGGAUUACGUUUCUUUCUGUCUGAGGCUUGGAGUACACCUAGAAAUACAUUGUCGGAAUCUUGCAAUGAUCAUAUUACAGAUGAAAUUAUACUUUCAGUGCUCCCAUAUGGAAACUCCCUGGGAAUAAAGAGCAGGUAUAGAGAUGGACUUGAACAUUCUUUUCACUGCUAGUUAGCUUGCAGGAUGAUGAUGAUGAUGAUGAUUCUACAUAGGGAGGCAUACAAUGCUGGCAAUUUUAAGUAAUAUUGAGUACCACUUUUUCCACUAUACGUGUAGACAAAAUCUCAAAAGCAGGGAGGUAAGGAAAGAACCAAGACUUCCUCAUAAAGUCAUGCAUUUCUUUGAUGCAAUUUCUUUGGUGAUGGAGGUCUAAGAGCAGUGUAUUUUAGGGAAACCUGCCAUUUUUCCCUAUUUCCUUUUCCUGUACACUUCUUGAUCAGCUGUCCUUGCAUGCAUUGUGCCCUUUGCUAUAUAGAUACAUUUACAAGAAAUACUUGAGCAGAUGACAGGUAGACCAAUGUUCAAGCCACUUGGAGAAAGGCUGUUUGGCUAGGAAUAGUUAAUAUACCAUUCUGACCUCUGUGUGAGGAUCUAGACUUCCUCUUAAUAAUUUGUUGCAUGAUCAGUUUUUAAAACAGCAUCCCAUCCCUUUCUCCUGUGAAUAGCUUCAGACACAUGGAUAGCCACAGUGCCCCACUUGAACCCUUUCACUUAUCUGAGAUGAUUAUUUGAAGAAGAAGAAAAAGUGGUGACUAUUCAUUAAGGAUUCAUAAUGUUUAUAUGCAGAAUUUCAAACCAGACUGAAGCAAAAACCAUAUGCAAUUGAUAUUAACUUUAUUAUAAAAUGUAUAUGAUGUACAAAAAAAUAAACACUCUGGAUCUCA